AUCUGGUUUGAUAUUACGGUCUGUACGACUUAGUUUCCCUUCAGAGCUGUACGUGGCGUCUGCUCACGAAUUUUAAAAAUAGAUCGUUCUAAAUAUGUCGAACGUAAAUAAUUUCAUGUCCAAUGGCCAAUCAAAACACGAUUCUAUAACAAAUGGUUCGAAUAAUACUAGCACGAAAAUUGAGGCGAAAGUGAAAAAGGCGCGUAGUUUUGUUGAGUUAACUUUAUUAAAUACUUCGAAUUCCGUAAAGACAGUUGGUAAGAAUGAAAGGCGUGUGUUGGUUUUGUAUACCGGUGGAACGAUUGGAAUGGUUAAAAAUAGGGAUGGCGUUCUUAUACCACAAAAGAAUGCCUUUGAAAACCUUAUCCGAGGAUACCCUCAGCUUCACGACAAUAUGUACUGGAGGCACAAGCUAAGAGAAGCUGAUUUUGACACAUCGUUCCUUGUAUUGCCAGAAGCCAAAGAAAUAGAUCUGAGAAUAUGCUAUAAGAUAAUAGAAUACGAUACACUUUUGGACUCCUCGAACAUGACCGAAGUCGAAUGGAUACAGAUUGCUGAAGAUAUUAUGAAAUACUACGAACAGUACGACGGUUUUGUUGUGUUGCACGGUACAGACACGUUGUCGUAUACAGCUUCAGCAUUGUCUUUUAUGUUUGAAAAUAUUGGAAAAGCAAUUGUAUUCACUGGAUCACAGAUCCCAAUAUUUGAACCAAGAAGUGAUGGUACUGAUAACUUUGUCUCAUCUUUGUUGAUUGCUGGUGGACUGAAUAUUCCUGAAGUAACCGUCUUUUUUGGAAGCAAAUUGUUUAGAGGGAACAGGACAAGUAAAAUAUCAGUAAACAAUCUCUACGCUUUCGACUCUCCGAACUGCGUGCCCCUCGUCGAAGUUGGGAUAGACUUGGAAGUAAACAAGAAAGCCAUAUUCAAACCCACAGUUAUAGAGAAAUGUCACUUGCACGCGAAAAUGUCGAAGAAUGUGGGACUAUUGAGAAUAUUCCCCAGUCUCAGUUCCUCUGUGAUAAAGGCAUUCUGCCAACCGCCUAUUGAAGGUGUGGUAUUAGAAAGUUACGGAGCUGGUAAUAUACCAUCAAAUAGAGAUGAUGUGUUCAAUGAGAUUGCAGCGGCUGUGAAAAGAGGUGUCAUAUUUGUUAACAUUACUCAGUGCACUAGAGGCAGUGUAGUAACACCGCUUUAUGAGACUGGGAGGUUAAUAGCAAAAUGUGGCGUAAUAUCGGGCUACGACAUGACGCCUGAGGCAGCUCUAACUAAACUAUCAUACGUCCUAUCGAAGUCAGAACUUACUUAUCAACAAAAGAUUGAGAUGAUGGUGACUAAUAUUAGAGGCGAAUUAACAAAUACAUCGUCCAUUGCUAUCGAGGAUAGCACAUUAAUAGACGCUCUAGCAUCAAGUCUAAAUAUUCAGUCACCAAAAAAGUUGAUAGAUGUCACAGAGAAGGUGUUCAACUCGCUACUUCUGUACGCAAUCGAGCACGAUGACUCGAGAGCGGUGAAAAAAAUGUUAGACAUGGGUGCAGAUGUAAAUGCACAGAACUCAGAAGGCAGGACGGUACUUCACGAAGUUAUACUAAAAGGGAAUGUCCCGAUCAUAAAGUAUUUGUUAGAAAACGGAGCGAAUGUACACUUAAAGACGAGAUGCGGUGAAACUCCACUGCUAACAGCGAUACACAACGACAACCACACAGUAAUAAAUCUACUGAAGCAGUGCGGCGCCCACCUGUCCUCAGUCGACGCGAAGCCUGUCGCGGAGAUGUUGUCCCUCGCGGCGAGGAGUGGACUCGUCGGUAAACUCGAGUCUCUUAGAAUAGCCGGAGCUGACCUGAAUGCUUGCGAUGAAAUCAAACAAACCCCGCUACAUAAGGCCGUCCUUUGCAAUAAUCCAGAUGUCGUGAGCUACUUGUUAGCACAUGGAGUCAGGAGAGACGUGCCUGACGUGAUGGGCUUCACACCCUUGGAUUGCGCAGAAAAACUGAACCAUAAAGAUAUUAUUGCUAUGUUAAACCAAUAAAGGAGAAGUUAUUUGUUA